AUGUUCUACAACAAGCCUGGACGGCUCCUCGUCGAGCAACGACGCCCCAAAUGCCUCCUUUGGUCAGAUAUUGCAGAUGGGGCGCAAUUGGGCAUCUCGUCUGAUUCUAGUAGUUUGUCGGUUCCUCUCCCCCCUCCUGAACCCGUACAGUGGGACUCGUGGAAUGGGCUGUGGGAAUCAAGAUUCAGACAGCCACAGGCGCUGUCGCGAUUACGAAACUCUGGCAUGCCAUUUGACAGAAGUCCUGUUGGGAGCACCGACGACGAAGAAGUGGAUGUGUCCGCCUUUCGACGUGUUCACGUCAUUCCAUUCGAGGGUGAUCUUUUACGAUCAGUCGUCAGAAUCGGAGCUCGAUGUCGAGAUGUCAUCCUCAGGUAUGCGGCGAAUUUCGAACCCAACAACCCCCAGCUUCCUCCCGAAACAGUACUUGAAUUUAAAAAGCUCGUGCAGGAGUUGAAUGAGCUCAAGGCGACUGGUAUUUAUCCUCUUGCCGAAUUGAAUGCACGUCAAGGGACAAAGAGUCACAAAGAAGUCCUAGACUACUGGAUUCAAAGAACUGCCCAGGUAUUGCAUCAUCCUAUCCAUGACCCAUUAUUCAAAGCUAGAGUAUCACGAGAUGAGAUAGAGGGGAUCGCGAAGUGGAUGGGCAGCCCUGCACCACUUGACCAACCCCCAACUCUAACGGAACUUGGGUCCGGCUCCUUUCGUGAUGAGUAUUGCAGAAACGAGCACCUGAAGCGGUUCCCCAACAGGCAAAAUCAAGCCAACUUUUCAUUGACUCAACAUAUCUUACAUGACGGCUCAAAAUGGACAUUAGACUCUAUUGGAUGGAAUGGAAUGUAUGACACAGUGCGGGAUCUGGAGGAUGAAUGA